UAUAAAUACCGGGUGUUAGGCUCUAACGACGAGCUAAAGCUAGCGCCCGUUGCCCCUGUGGGUUGCGCCGCACCGCGUGGUUGCACCGAAUCUUCAUUCAAAACAAACCGAGGUGCUGGUAAAGAAAGUCUUCUUUUUGUGUGAGCUCCGUAUGGCAAUCGCCCUUUCCCUACCACGCCACUACAGCCUGUCGUGUUUAUCAAUGGCCUGCUGAGUUGGAACGAGCUUCUACACUCUGCUUUUCCCUAGGUCCCCAGGACUCUCGGCCUACCGACGUCUCCUUCCCAAAGGGGGCUGAACCGCAUCGAAAGGACACUCUUACCGUCCAGGAUGUCGUUCUUCUUCGGAAGGGGAAGGACACGAACCAACACUGUUGAUUUGCCGAAGCAGGCGCGGGAGCAUGUUACCAAACUAGAGGGGCCAGCUGGUGCAGCAAAGGCCGAGGAGCUCGCCAGAGUUCUUAAUCAGAUGAAAUCCAUCCUGCAAGGGACCUAUGAGGCAGAUGUGAGCCCGGAGCAGAUCUACCAGCUGGUGACGUCCAUAAUCGACGAGGACCUCCUUUACCUCCUCGCCGUAAACCUCCACAGGUUACCGUUCGAGUCGCGGAAGGACACCCAGGUCAUCUUCUCGUACGUUUUCCGCUUCCGCCCGCCGACCGCCUCCGAGAACAGCGAACCAAUUGCCCUGGCAUACGUCGUCGACAAGCGGCCGCAGGUCCUAGUUGCGCUAUGCAGGGGGUACGACCACAAGGAGAGCGCCACCCCCGCCGGAUCGGUGCUGCGAGAGGUCUUGAAGAGCGAGGCCGCCGCGGCCAUCAUCCUGUACGAUGACGGAGACGAGCUGGGGUCGAGCGCGCAGGGCAUAAUGGCGAUAGAGAGGGACCGGCCGCAGAGCGGGAAUGGCGUGUUCUGGCGUUUCUUCGACUGGAUCGACAAGAGUUCUUUCGAGGUGGCGGCCGACGCCUUCACAACAUUCCGGGAAGUCCUUACCAGGCACAAGGACCUUGUUCCCAGGUAUCUAGCCAUCAACUUCGACCUCUUUUUCGACAAAUACAAUCAUAUUCUGGUCCAAUCCAACAGCUACGUCACCAAGCGGCAGUCCAUCAAGCUCCUGGGCGAGAUCCUACUCGACAGGUCCAACUACAACGUCAUGACGGCAUAUGUCGACAGGGGCGAACACCUCAAGAUAUGCAUGAACCUGCUCCGGGACGACAGGAAGAUGGUCCAGUACGAGGGCUUCCACGUCUUCAAGGUCUUCGUCGCGAACCCGCACAAGUCCAUCCCGGUCCAGAAGAUCCUCCUGAUGAACCGCGACAAGCUGCUGACCUUCCUCUCCCACUUCCUCGAGGACCGGACCGACGACGAGCAGUUCAUAGACGAGAGGGAGUUCCUCAUCAAGCAGAUCAGGAACAUGCCUCCCACGCCUGUGGCACCUCAGCGCUAGGUAGUCGAGGUCGACUUGGGGUUCGGCAAACGGUGCAUUUGGAUUGUGUGUAUAGCAGGAAUUUCGGAGUCCGGGGUGUUCAUGAGCUACGGUCGCAUGUUGGGUUACCUUGACGCCGCGGGUAGGUGGCAGGUUGGGGUUAGUACAAGUCCGGGGCUUCCCGAUCAUUGGAACUGCUUGGGAUUCUGGCGAGGUUAGGAGGCAGUAGGUAGGGAGACCAUUGCUGUAUUUUUGUCCCAUAGCACGCACGAGUGGGGCCAUCCUCCUGAUGUGCCACGAGAAACAAAUACACAAUACUCUA